ACUUGGAAGCGACGGGACUUGUAGACUUGGGGACCACAAAAAUGGAUUCAGACACGGAUGAUUCGGAACGGGAGAAGAGCAGCGAUCCCAACGAGGGUCUGCUGAGCAGCGAUGAUAAGACCUUUCACGAUGACGACGAGGAGGAGGACUCUUCCCCAGCCGACGAUGAGGAGGAGCCCGAGGGUGAGGAGUCCUUGCUGCCGCAGCAGCAGAAGAAAGCUCAGCCAUUGGUGGUUCUGGUUGAGUCUGGUUCGGGGGAAGCCAUAGAAGAACCUACUGAAGAAAUCGAAAUCGAUCGGGUGACAUUACCCAUUAAAGAAGAAAGGGAACCCGAUCCGGAACCCGAACCCUCACCCCUCAAACACGACAGUGUCCGCGAGUCCGUUGAAUGCUUCUAUUCCGCCCAGGAUCUCCUGGAAUAUGGCCAUAUGCUGUCCUCCUCCGGAGGCUCCAUAGUUCGAACGCCGGACGUGGAGUCGGGGUAUUUCGAGAAGUCCGAGAGCGAUGAGGGUGGACCUCCUUCGUCCUCCUCCUCGCUGGGCGCCGCCCGCUGUCGUCUGUUGUCCGGCAUUUCGGGACUCUCGCCCGUCUCCUCCUCGUCGAGCCGACACAGUGCCGAGGGUCUGCGAAUGGAACUGAGUCGUUUCCGCACCAUGAUCGAAACCCUCGAGCGGGAGAGUCUCGAGAAGACCAAGGGCAAGCCGAAGCCCAGGCAGAGAUCCCAAUUGCAGGUGGAAUCGGCGGGGGAAAGUGGUUCGGAUCAGGGUUCCGAAAGGGAGAUGGAAAGGGGCUUCUGGUCCACGGUCUUCGGACAGGCGGGUCUGGAGAUCAGUCAGGAUGAAGACGAGCGGAUUGCGGAUAUUAAAAAAGCUCAUCGGGCUCUCGAGCUGCUCGAGGACUAUCACGCCAGGCUAUCGGAGCCCCAGGAUCGGGCACUGCGUAUUGCAAUCGAACGCGUUAUACGCAUAUUUAAAUCUCGCUUGUUUCAAGCGCUGUUAGAUAUACAAGAAUUCUAUGAAUUGACAUUAUUGGAUGACUCGAAGAGCAUACAGCAAAAGACAGCGGAGACCUUGCAAAUUGCAACCAAAUGGGAGAAGGACGGACAGGCCGUUAAAAUAGCCGAUUUUAUCAAAACUUCAAAUUUAAAUCGCAAUUGCGCCUAUGAGUUUAACAACGACGCCUCAUCCAAUCAAACCAACCAAUCAGCCAAUCAACUCAAUCAGAAUCAGAUCGCGAAUAAUGUCAGCGCUCAGGCGCAGGCCGAAGCCCUCAGCAGAACAUUUAAGAGUGAAUUGGAAGAGAUCUUGAAUCAGCGAAUGCGCAUCGAGUCGGAUACGGAAAAUGCGAAGGAGCCACCGGCUGAGCAGCAGCAGCAGCGCAGUUCCCGCUCCCCGCAGCAGAAUCCGCAACAGCAGCAGCCGCAACAGCAACAGCAGCCGCAACAGCAGCUGGGAUCCAAGUCAAGGAGCGGGUCGCAGACUGUAAACGGCGAUGAUAGCUGGUUGUACGAGGACAUUCAGCUGGAGCGCGGCAACUCCGGAUUGGGAUUCUCGAUUGCCGGCGGCACGGAUAAUCCGCACAUCGGCACCGACACCUCCAUCUACAUCACCAAGCUAAUUUCCGGCGGAGCAGCUGCCGCCGAUGGACGGCUGAGCAUCAACGACAUUAUCGUUUCGGUGAACGAGGUGUCCGUGGUGGAUGUGCCGCAUGCCUCCGCCGUGGAUGCCCUGAAAAAGGCCGGCAAUGUGGUCAAGUUGCAUGUGAAGCGAAAACGUGACACGGCGGCCACCACUCCGGCCGCAGGAUCGGCGGCUGGAGAUGCCCGCGAUGGUGGACCCAAGGUCAUGGAAAUCGAUCUGGUCAAGGGCGGCAAGGGAUUGGGCUUCUCGAUUGCCGGCGGCAUUGGCAACCAGCACAUCCCCGGCGACAAUGGCAUCUAUGUGACCAAGCUGAUGGACGGCGGAGCGGCGCAGGUGGACGGACGUCUCAAUAUCGGCGACAAACUCAUUGCAGUGCGCACCAAUGGGAGCGAAAAGAAUCUGGAGAACGUAACGCACGAACUGGCGGUGGCCACGCUAAAAUCGAUCACCGACAAGGUGACGCUGAUCAUUGGGAAGACGCAGCACCUGACCACCAGUGCGUCUGGCGGCGGAGGAGGAGGCCUCUCAUCCGGACAGCAGUUGUCGCAGUCGCAGUCGCAGUUGGCCACCAGCCAGAGCCAAAGUCAGGUGCACCAGCAGCAGCAGCAGCAUCAGACGCCGAUGGUCAAUUCGCAGUCGACAGGUGCGCUAAAUAGUGUGGGACAUACGGUUGUCGAUUCUCCACCAUCACCAAUAACACCACAAGCAGCAGCAGCAACUGCAUCAGUCAUUGCAAGCAACACAACAGUCACCACAGUCACAGCCACCAACAGUAGCAGCAAGUUGCCGCCUUUGCUAAUUGGCGCCAACAGUAAUAGCAAUAUCAAUAGCAAUAGCAACAGCAACAGCAACAGCAAUAACAUCAACAACAACAGCAGUAGCAGCAGCACGACGGCAAUUGUUGCAACAGCGGCAGCAGCAACUCCACCCGCCUCCUUCUAUAACAAUAAUGCUUCCAUGCCCGCCCUGCCUGUCGAAUCCAAUCAAACAAACAACCGAUCCCAAUCACCCCAGCCGCGCCAGCCCGGCUCGCGAUAUGCCUCCACAAAUGUCCUGGCCGCCGUUCCGCCAGGAACUCCGCGCGCAGUCAGCACCGAGGAUAUAACCAGAGAACCGCGCACCAUCACCAUACAGAAGGGACCCCAGGGCCUGGGCUUCAAUAUCGUUGGCGGCGAGGAUGGCCAGGGCAUCUAUGUGUCCUUCAUCCUGGCCGGCGGUCCAGCCGAUCUCGGAUCGGAGCUGAAGCGCGGCGACCAGCUGCUCAGCGUGAACAAUGUCAAUCUCACGCAUGCCACCCACGAGGAGGCGGCCCAGGCGCUCAAGACUUCUGGCGGCGUGGUGACCCUGCUGGCGCAGUACCGACCCGAGGAGUACAACCGCUUCGAGGCGCGCAUCCAGGAGCUGAAACAGCAGGCUGCCCUCGGCGCCGGCGGAUCGGGAACCCUGCUGCGCACCACGCAGAAGCGAUCGCUCUAUGUGCGCGCCCUGUUCGACUACGAUCCCAAUCGGGACGACGGCCUGCCCUCGCGGGGAUUGCCCUUCAAGCACGGCGACAUCCUGCACGUGACCAAUGCCUCCGACGACGAAUGGUGGCAGGCGCGACGCGUUCUCGGCGACAACGAGGACGAGCAGAUCGGCAUUGUGCCGUCGAAGAGGCGCUGGGAGCGCAAGAUGCGGGCUCGGGAUCGCAGCGUCAAGUUCCAGGGCCAUGCGGCAGCCAAUAAUAAUGUGGAUAAGCAAUCGACAUUGGAUCGAAAGAAAAAGAAUUUCACAUUCUCGCGCAAAUUUCCGUUUAUGAAGAGUCGCGAUGAGAAGAAUGAAGAUGGCAGCGACCAAGAGCCCAAUGGAGUUGUGAGCAGCACCAGCGAACUCGACAUCAAUAGUGUCAACAACAAUCAGGCGAAUGAACCGCAACCCUUUAUGCUUUGCUACACACAAGACGAUGCCAAUGCUGAAGGAGGCGAGAUUAUCUACAGGGUGGAGUUACCCGAUAUGGAGCAGAUAACUCUGAUCUACUUGGAGAAUAGUGAUGCGGACUAUCCUUCCGAGGAGAACGUCCUGUCCUACGAGGCCGUGCAGCGCCUGUCCAUCAACUACACGCGCCCUGUGAUUAUUCUGGGGCCGCUGAAGGAUCGCAUCAACGAUGACCUAAUAUCGGAGUAUCCCGACAAGUUUGGAUCCUGUGUGCCACACACCACCCGACCCAAGCGGGAGUACGAGGUGGACGGCAGGGACUAUCACUUUGUGUCCUCGCGCGAGCAAAUGGAGCGGGACAUCCAGAACCAUCUGUUCAUCGAGGCGGGCCAAUAUAACGACAAUCUGUACGGCACAUCGGUGGCCAGUGUGCGCGAGGUGGCGGAGAAGGGCAAGCACUGCAUCCUGGACGUGUCCGGGAAUGCCAUAAAGCGCCUCCAGGUGGCCCAGCUCUAUCCCGUUGCAGUGUUCAUCAAGCCCAAGUCGGUGGAUUCGGUGAUGGAGAUGAAUCGUCGCAUGACGGAGGAGCAGGCCAAGAAGACGUACGAGCGGGCGAUUAAAAUGGAGCAGGAAUUCGGCGAAUACUUUACCGGCGUUGUCCAGGGCGACACCAUCGAGGAGAUCUACAGCAAAGUGAAGUCGAUGAUUUGGUCCCAGUCGGGACCAACCAUUUGGGUACCUUCCAAGGAAUCUCUAUGACCAACAGCCACCACAACUUGGACACUGCCGCCUCGAGUUCGAUGCCGACCGGUCUCGAGAACAACAAUAGGAG